AUGAGCAAUCUAAUGCCAAAAGAGCUUGAGCUGGCAAUUGACUAUCUUUCAUCAGAGUGCCAUCUUGACACACUUGAGGCCCUAAGCCAAACAAGGGACGCAUACCACACCAUGCGGAAAACCAUAAAAGACACAGCACUAGCGGGGGAUAUUGAGGGAAUGUAUGAAAUGAUUAACAAAGAGUAUCCUGAGCUGCUAAAGAAUCACCCGAAUGUAGUAUCGCUUAUAUUCAGCCAAAUAUUCAUAGAGUAUGUGCGAAGUAAUAAGCCUGAGAAGGCACUUGAGUUUGGGCGAAAGUCCAUCCACAUUGGCCAAGAUAUUGCAACCAACCAGGAACUCUUUCUAUUGCUGGCAUACAAAAACCCAGAGAAGUGUGAUGAACUAAAAGGCCUAAUGGACAUACAAAGAAGACAGAUGAUUUUUGAGUUGGUGGACGGUCUGAUAAAAGAGAGUAAACAAGGAAGAAAAGCAUCUCUACUGGAGUACGCCCACAAAAUAAUUCAAUACUGCGAAGCAAUAGAUAAUGAAGAAUAA